AUGAAAGAAUUCUCGGUAUUGGUUUUGGUGACCCUAGCUUCCUCAGCAGUCGCAUCAUGCGUGCUUGACAGUCGUUUUCGUGGUCAGUGGUGGAUUGUUGAUGUCACAGGAGCUCGUAUCCAGGACGAAGCUAUCACAGUAUCAGCAACUGAUGUAGAGAUAGUGAGGAACGGUGAAACCAAGAAGUACUCCUGUUCUAAUACUUAUGGCUACCGCGUCCAGUUAGCACCGAUCAACAGUGAAGGUUUCAUAUGCUUGGAAUUUGUACCUUCGGACAAAGGAACCUAUAUGUAUUCCAUUAUACGGAGAGCUCAAUCGACGGGGUGGACGUUUGUUACACAGCCGAUAGACUUGAGUCAGUGCUCUAGGACAAGAAAGUUGGGUACUGUACACGUGACACGUCCAGAUCCAGGUUGUACGUUUCCGUCCGAGAUUCAAGGAAACUGGUCAUUCUCUGGAGACUUUUUGAAGGACAUUUUUAUAGAAAAGAACAAGUUAACUUUAAAGACCUAUGAUGAUAAUGCCAUGGAAUUCAGAUGUGAACGAUACCGGUUGGACGGUUUCUACCUGUUUGCCUUAAGAAAGGAGAAUGUCAGUGAAAACAAAGAUGGCUGUCUAUGCUUACGGUUUCAAUUCGUUAAGAAAAGUGAUCCAAAUGUCCACGUCCUGGCCGGGCAGAGAUUCAGUGCUGGAACUCCGAUCAAGCUGAUAGAUCAUGGCUCACCUAUCUAUUUUCAUCAAACAUGUGAUUACACGGAUGUUAUUGGUCCAUACAAGUGGCAAAUAGCCCAUCGGUCACUGAAACCCUUUGUCACUUUGUGA